ACCAGCUGUAACACUGAAACUUGAACGAACAAAUAUUAAUUUAGAAUUUAGAGCAUGAUAAAUAAUUACACUUUAAUAAUAAUAUUGUGAAACUUGUAAUAAUUUUUACUUUGAGUUUAAAAGGGAAAAUUAAGAUGACUACUAGAACUUUAAUAGAUUUCGUUGUGAAAUUCCACAAACCACGUUUACUCAACAACAUUGUUUAUUUCCCUAGCAGUGGCAAUUCAUUCUUCGGAAGGCGUUUAAUAAUAUCGGCGGCUCCCCUAUCAACUUCAACUCCAAAAAUACAGUCUCCGAGGCUUUUCAGCACGACAACAACAAAGUUAAAUGAAGUUUUAUCAGCAGAACAGAAGAAAACUGAAGGAAAAUUCCAACUAAUGUUUACUUGUAAGAAAUGUAACACAAGAAAUAGUAAAAUUAUUACGAAACUGGCAUAUUACAAGGGUGUUGUUAUAGUGAUAUGUCACGGAUGCGAAAAUAAACAUUUGAUAGCAGAUAACCUUAAUUGGUUUUCGGAUAUGGAAGGUAAAAAAAACAUUGAAGACAUCAUGGCUGAAAAAGGUGAAACAGUACAGAAAAUAAUGUCCACAGACCUAGAAUUCAUUGCUACGGAAUUAGUCAAAGAAGCAGAUACUCCUGAAAAGGCCUUAUUUCUAAAAUAACAUUUUGUUUUUCAUUGCUAUUAUCUUUUGAAAUUGGUAUUUUUCUUGUGUAAUUUUGAUGUGAUAUUUAAUUAAAUAUUUGUUAUGUUA